UUUCUCUCUUCUGCUUCCCAUUUCAUUCCACUUAGACCAUGGCCCAGCUCCUGAAAACUCUACAGGACCCUCAGCUGGUGGCCCAAUUUCAGAGGUCCUGUGGAUUAACCCUGCAGCCACAGGGAGAGGCUAAUGGAGUGCCUUCAGGGCACCAGUCUUUCAAUAACUACCUAGAAGGCAGGGAUAAGGCAGCAGGGGGCAAGGGUGUUCCACACCUAAAUGGAAACAAGAGUUACAGCAAUGGAUCAUGUUCAAAUGGGACACACAAGCAGGAGCACACAAAGAAAUAUGUCGUUAGAAACCGUUUGCUCUACUACCUCUUUAGAUUUGCAGCAGCUUUGGGACAGGAAGUGUUUUACAUCACAUUCUUACCAUUCACCUACUGGAACAUUGAUCCAUUCAUAGCACGUCGCUUGAUCCUUGUCUGGGCUUGUGAGCGGUUGCCUGAAGGAGGCUUUUUUCCACCAGAGGUUACUGCACGGUUUCGCAUAGCCAUUUCUCUGGCCUUAGCGCAUUUGCAUCUUCCUGCAAGCGAAGACUUAAUCAGUGUAAUCCUACCCAAGAGAACAUUGGUAUCUGAUCAGUCUUCUGGGGAUGCAGUGUCCUCUGAGGCUUCAGAGGUGCUACCUCUAGGGUUGGCGGAGACCCCGGAUGCUGCUCGGGAGAGCAUCCGAAUUUGUCCAAUCCUCUACCUAUUACCGAAGAUUCAUAAAUCGCUUGAGGAUCCUCCUGGCAGACCGAUUAUUUCUGCCAGGGGAUCACUCAUGCAACCAUUGGCAGAGUUCAUUGACUUUUACCUCCAACCUGUAGUAUGGAAUACAUCAGCACAUUUGAAAGAUUCUUCGGAAUUAAUCAAUCUGCUGAAAAGUAUGGAUGACUUGACACCAACUGACAUCUUAGUCACUAUGGACGUGUUGCUUUGUGGAGAAUUUGGUUGUAGAGACUUCUCAGGAAGUGGGCUUUUUUGUGCUAAUGCUUUGACUGAAAAGGCGAUUUGGAUGAUGCCGGGUGUGUGGCUAAUUGUCUCCCUUCCACCUAGCCCUGUGGAAUCGGUGAAUAUGGUUGCUGUGGCUACUUGGGAAGAUGUUGUCUGUGGAGCACUGAUAGCCUUGCUAUUUUUGGCCUUAACAUACCCAGUGUGGGAUUCAACAGAUCAACUGCUUCUGAACAACCCUCCCUCUCCAGUACUUGCAGUUACUACAGGUUUCCUGCUAAGCUAUAACUACCCCAAGAUGGACCAUUACAGCACCACCAGAGCGGACACUACAACUAUUCUAGGCGUUGGAGCAGGAACGUGUGUUGGCAUUUGGUUGGCUAAUCAUUUUGGACUGAUCCACACUACAUUAGGUCAUCUUCCACUUGCCAUGCCUAAAAUCACCUUUAACUUGAUCCUGAUGCAGGUGUCUAGGUUUCUUUUAGGAGUAUUCCUCCUGCUUAUAACACGUUCUGUUGCUAAGACACUGUCUCUUCAGGCCCUUAGCUCAUGGUAUAAAGUUUCUACCCAAGAUCCAUUAGUUAGACAGCGACUAGAAAUUGAAGUACCCUACAAAUUUGUGACAUACACAUCUAUAGGCGUUGUUGCUACAGCAGGGGUUCCUUGGCUGUGUCAGAUGUUAGGAAUGUAAAUAUCCUCUGUUUUCUCCAGUUACAUUACCACUGCAGUGCAACAGACCUGUGUUUACAAUUCAGGAACUUCCAUGUCAUGCAGUGGUAGAAACAAAACACUUAAAGCUAAAAUAGCAAACUUGAAUCUAAAUAUUUUAUAUUUUGCAAAUAAACCAUACUAUAAUCUAGUGUACCAGAACACUAUUUAGGUAAAUACUAUGAUUGCAUUUGUUCAACAAUUAGUUAAAAAGUUAAGCCAGAUUUAAACUUUUAGAAAUAAAGGCUGAACGCUCUGACCACACAGUUUCAGUAUAUGUCAUAGGGAUGGUAUUUUACAAACAUACUCACUAACUUUAUGCCCUUUGAAAGGGAGUGUACAUAGAUAAUAUGCACUGUAUAAGCAAGAGAUAUGAUAAAACGUGCAGCUGUAUUCAAUGUUACCAAGCACACAGAUUGGUUUAUUUAUAUAUAUAUUUUCUACUGAUAUUUAUCACUGCAGUGUGUGCAGCACCAUUUUGUCAUAGAAAUGAUAUUUAAUAAAAUGCUAUUCAGUAUCAAUGUUUACUACAGAGAAAAGUUCCUUACUUGCUCAAAAGUCUCAAAGAAAGAAAGGGACAUAUUAAAGCUGUAUAAUUAUUUUGGUAUUUUCCUCUUCCAGUGCUUCCAAAGUAUUGCAGUUACAAAUCAGGGCAUAAAGUACAUUUCCUAUUAGUGCAUACAAUAGAAUGUACAUUUCCUGUUAGCACGUGCAAUAAAAAACGUACAGGAUGUGCUAUGACAUUCCUAAAUUCACACAAGCCAUAAAAUUAGACAAAUUACAAUAAUAUUGGUAAAAAAAAACAAAAAAACUACAAAACCUAGUUAGGUAACCUGUAAUGCUGCAGAUAUAGUUUAAAUUCUAACUCCCCGUCUGCAGAUUUGUUUUAAUACUGUCACAUGAGGAUCAGACAGAAAUGAGGACACAAAGUGGGUUAUUCAUUAAGCUGUGUACUGUUUAUCAGGUCACUGUUGUAGAGAAACCAAUGGGGGUUUUACUAUGCUAGUGUCUCCACUCUAGUAACCCUGCUUAAUGUCUGACUGUCUAGACACCUUUAAAUAUGUGUAUAUAUUUUUUAAAGAAAAAUCUAAAAGCUGCUAAUCAAAAACAUUUUAGUAUUUACUAACAAAGUAGUAAUAUUUUAUUUAUUAGCAUUGUUCUCAAUAAAAUUAUUUGUAUGGAUACCCUGUACACAUGACAGCCCUGUGGGUGUGACUGUACACUGGCAAUCCAACUGUCCUAAAUUAUUAUGAUGGGUUUUAGUUCUCAGAACCUUGAAUUACUUGCCGUCUAUAGAUCGAGCAGCAAAUAAUUUUGUCAUGUAAUACUAAAAUAAUAGGUGGGUGAUAGAUGUAGGAAAUGCUUAACGUCCCCAAUUUUUACUUGUAUCAAGUUCAGUAGCUACACGUUAACAAUAUUCACCUUUUGCUCAUCCUUUAGUCUACCUGAGUAAAGAGAAAUAAGUGGGUGAGGGGCAUUUUAAAAAAAGAAAACAAAAAAUAGGAAAUAGUUAAAAAUGAUAACAACCCUCACACCUAGUACCGACCACCAGACCACUGAUAUAAAGAUUUGUGGUCACCCUUGUUAGCAUCCCCAAGAUCUAGAACCAUACAUGGCUAAGGAAAAGAUUUCCCACUAAUUAAUGGAUUCCGUACUAUUGUUCUAAGAGGCAGCAGCUUUCCUUUCUAUAAAGAAAGGGCAAUUAUAAUAGAACAAAUCAGGAAGUCCUGGGAUAAACGGGUUAUUUAAUGGAAGGAAUGGGCCGGUGUUCUGUCGAGAACUCAAAUUCCUCAAACUCCAAUCUGACGUCACUUCCGGUAAGUCUUCUAUGUUAAUAUCUGUUUUGCCUCUGUCUAGGGGUGCACCGCCGAUUCUCUGGCAUACACCCCAAAUAGACCUUGGAGAAUGAAGUUUACAAGGGGGGCUUUGCCCCCCUUCAACCCCCCAGGCAGAGGCAAAGUAGAUAGUGUAGAUAGGCGAUUACACUGCCCAUCUGAUUGGUUGUGAGUCCUGUCACUCACUGGAUACGGACCAAUCGGAUGUAUGGAUUCACCGGAAGUGACGUCAGAUUGGAGUUUUCGAUGUAUUGGCGUUCUCAAUAAAACACCGGCAAGAUGUGAAAAUCUGCCCAUUUAAAGGCUCUGUAAAAUAAAACAAUGUUAAACUGUAAAAUCUUCAGAACUAUAAGAAAUGUUAGCCUUAACCUGUUUUUCAGUGGCACUUUCUGCUCAUGUACCAGAAUAAUCUGUGAACUGAAAUAAACGUAUUUCAUGACA